UAACUAUUUAGGCGCGGGUCUGUGCAACCCCCCUCGACUCGUGCGGGAGAACGCACCGGAAUUAAAUAGCAGCGUGCGGCAGCGCCUCUCGGCCACCAUACUUCGGGCUUACGGGAGCUCGCAGAGGACAAGAUCUCGCGCGCGCUUUUCCGAGGGCCGAUCUUCCCUUGGAGUGCGGCAAGGAUUAGGAGUAGCGACGAGGCGACGUCCAAGGCCUGGGUCAGCUGUCCCGAUCCUGCCAUGAGCGGUCUAGUGCGGACCGAGCCGCUGCGCGGGGAGCCGCCCCUGCUGGUGCGCGGCGACCCCUACUCCGUGGUGGUCCUGCUGCAGGGCUACGCGGAGCCGGAGGGGGUAGACGACGCGGUCCGGGCGGACGGCUCCGUGACGCUCGUGCUGCCUCAGGCCUGGGGCUCAGCCUCCAGCCACCGAGAGGCCGCGCCCGAGGGCGCUGGGGCGAAAACCGCCCUGGAGGAGGCGGCCCGUGGGCCCAUCCUCGUGGACACUGGGGGCCCCUGGGCUCGGGAGGCGCUCCUGGGGGCCCUGGCGGGGCAGGGCGUGGCCCCCGGAGACGUGACUCUCGUGGUGGGCACCCACGGACACUCGGAUCACAUCGGGAACCUGGGGCUUUUUCCCACGGCGGCUCUGCUGGUCUCGCACGACUUCUGCCUCCCGGGGGGCCGCUACCUCCCCUAUGGGCUGGGUGAGGAGCUGCCCCUGCGCCUGGGCCCGGGGCUCGAGGUGUGGGCCACGCCGGGCCAUGGGGGCCAGCGGGACGUGAGUGUGGUGGUGGCGGGCACGGCCCUGGGCACCGUGGUGGUGGCGGGCGAUGUGUUUGAACGCAGUGGAGACGAAGACUCAUGGCAAGCGCUGAGCGAAGACCCGGUGGCCCAGGAUCGCAGCCGUAAGAGGGUCCUAGGCAUUGCGGACGUGGUCGUGCCUGGUCACGGAGCCCCCUUUAGGGUGAUCAGGGAAGCCCCUCAGCCAAGGAACUGACGUCCAGAAGACCAGAGGACCCAGUGAGAGCGCGCCAGAGGAGUCCGGGGUGAUCCCUUCCAGCCCUCGCAAGAGGCGGGUUCCUAGCGAGAACAGUCAUGGAUAUCACUGGUUUUGCAGCCAAAUGAGGACCAAGGACUGGCUCAACUGUGUGCCACCUCUUGGGGCCUCCAUAAAAUGGAAGAAUGUUCUUGAGGGGGUUAUCCAAAAUAAAAAUAGGAAGCUGCGUGGAAAAUCAUGCAGCCCCAAUGUAAAUGUG